CGCAGCGUCUGCACCCACCCAACCCGCAUCGCUGUCCCCUUUCCCCCGUUUCACGCACGCCCACGCGGCCACGCGGCCCCGCACCGCACAACGGCUCGCCACAAAGCCAACAAACCCAGCACCAGCAGCCCCAACCCUUUCCCCCCACGCUCCCAAACCAAUCCGCGCCCCUCCUCCGUUCUGCCCCCCCGCAAAACCCUAGCUCCGUACCCUCGGCGGCCUCCACCAUGAAGGGCAAGGCCGACGCCUCCAAGAAGGGCGAGGGCAGGCUCAAGGCCGCCGGCGGCGCCAGCAAGAGGAAGAAGGCCGCCGCUGCCGCUGGCAAGCCCAAGCGCCCGCCCUCCGCCUUCUUCGUCUUCAUGUCUGACUUCAGGCAGCAGUACAACGCGGAGAACCCCAACAACAAGAAUGUCGCCAACGUGAGCAAGGCUGCAGGUGAGAAGUGGAGAUCUAUGUCUGAUGAGGACAAAGCACCUUAUGUGGAGAAGGCUGGACAGAAGAAGCAGGACUAUGAGAAGACCAAAGCCAGCUUCGAGAACAAGGAGAGUGUGAGCUCCAAGAAGGCCAAGACUCAGGAUGAUGAGGAGGCUGAGGGCUCCAAAUCUGAGGUCGAAGACGAGGGUAGCGAUGAGGAUAAUGAAGACGACGAUGAGUAAAUAGUGUAUCCAAGCACGAGGUAGCAAAUUGGGAGUUGGGUCCCCGCGUAGUGUACUAGUUUGCUAUCCUGCUAUCUUCAGUGUUAGAUGAUGAAAUUUGGAAGUAGAUGUGCCUUUGUGUGUUAAGGGGGCCCCUCUUAGACUUGUGGACUCAUGGUUUGAGAAGUUGCUUAGUAGUGUAUUAGCAGAGAGAGAGCCGAGAAUGCCACUAGCUGUCUCUUGCUAACCACUUGUGUAAGAACUUGUUUUCAUUCGCUAAUCUGAUGACUGCCCAGCCAUUGGCUCUUGGUUAA